AUGGAAUAAAAUAAAUUAUAAGAGGUUAAUCCAGAUGAUUUAAAUACUAUUUUUAGGGGCAUUCAAUAAGAGAUUGAACAAAAAGAAAACGAUUUAGAGACUACAAUCCCUUAUCUUUUAUCAAAAUACAAAUACUAUAAACUUUAAGAUCAUGAUAAAAAGUUUUAAUUAAUUUAACCAACAGAUUGAUCCGCCGAUUCCUUAUUAGAGUUUCUCAAUUGUUUGAAAAAUGCAAGACUCAAAAUGCAAUCGACUAUAUAUAAAGUAUCAGUGAUAUUUUAAAUUGUGAUGGUUAAAAUCUUCAUUAUAUUCUUAAUAAAAUUCAGAAAAGAUCUGAGGAUUUGAUACAAUUACCAAGUGAAUAUACAAAUUCAUAUUAUGUAAAAAAAUCAAUACCUAAUUGGCAAUUAAAUAUUUAAGAUAAUUAGAGAAUUUAUCAAUUUUAUGAUUAAGAUUUCUGGAAACUCUAUGAUAUUAUGCUAUUAUAAAAGUAAUAAACUAAAUGAUAUUAGAUAGUAUUGUUUAAAUCUUAUCACACUUCAUUAAUCUAAGCAAGAAAAUAUAGACAGGUUGUACAAUUAAAGUUUAGAAAGGAAUUAACGAUUAAAUAAAUAGAAUUUUCAAUCUCCUAUUGAAUUGAAUACUCUAAUAAAUAAAGCCUAAUACCUAAAUACUUUAAAGAUGAAUUAACCAAUCUAAACUAUUUAUAAUAAUAAAGAUAUUAUCAUGUUUGGUAAUAAAAGUCCAAAUAAAAAGGCUAAAAUUAAUAUUAAGCAUUAAUUCUCAGUAAGUUCUUAAAGAUCUUAAAGUAUAGAUCCUAAAUUUUAAGAAUCUGAAAUUAAAAGAAUUAUUGAAACAUAAAAUCUCAAACUUUUUGAUUAGAAUAUUACAAGAAAAAGAAAUAAGGGAAGGAAAGUUUUACAAAAUGAUAAUUAUAUUACAAUCAUUGAUACAUAGUGUUAAGAAAAAAAUAAAUAAAAACUAUCAUAAGAUAUUUAUCUUCCAUACAAAAUUAAUAAAAAAUAAACUGUAAUACUUCCAGAAAUUAAAUCACCUUAUCAAUUUGAUUAGAAUGGUAUCUUUAUAGGAUAUUUAAGAUUCAUUAACCAAGACUAUGUAAAUAUUUGAGAAAAAAGAAUGUUUAACACCUGAUAAAUAUUCUUCUAAAAAAUCUCCAUUGAGUUAAGAUCUAAAUGGAUCAUUUUUUUAAUAAAUUAUACCUUAAUUUAAGAUCAGCACUAGAGACUUUUAAACCAUUCGAGCUUUGAUAGGAAAAUGA